AUGAUCAAACCUCUAGUUCAUAAUUACUUUAAAGGUCAGAACCAGAACCAGAAGCAGAACCAGAACUUUACAGGUCGGACCUCUCUGUUUGAGGAGGAACUGUCCACAGGAAACGCAUCACUGCGGCUCUCAGGGGUCAAAGUUCAGGAUGAAGGAAAAUACAAGUGUGUCACCAGCACAUUGACCACAAUGUGUAAAUGUGGUUUUGACAGUGAAGUUCGUCUCUCUGUAGCUCCAGCUCCAGUGUCUCUGCAGCAGCAGGGGCAGGAGCUCCUCUGUAGAUCUGAGGGAGUCUACCCCAAACCCUCAGUGUCCUGGAGCCCUCCCUCCUCUGCAGCUCUUACCACGGUGACCCCCUCAGAGGGCGGAGUGUGGUCUGUGCACAGCUCUGUGUCUCUGCCUCACAGCCCUCCACAUCAAUACAGCUGUAAUGUGAGCAACAGCAGGGGCAGCUGGAGGAGCGCCACCUACAGGAGGGGACACAGUCAUUUAUUAUCACAGAGAUGAUUCAGACUAUGUGAU